GACCGCCGUGCUUGCUCGCCGGCGCGGGGACGGGGUGAAUGGCUGGCGCAGUCGCCGUGCUGUCUCGUUCUGGGAAGACGUGGACGCUGCGAGUCCCCGUGUCCCGCGCCCUGAGUGGCCCCUAAACCGGCUCACCUAAGCCCUCACCUGAUCCUUGGGGCCGGGAGACACACCUUCGGCUGUGUGUGGAGGAUGCCGAGCGGGUAGCAGGAGUGUUCCCUGAAAGAUAACCCUCGUUACCGUCCUCUCUGACCAUUGGAGCUGGAAUGGCUGCAGUGUUACUUCCACUGGCUCCUGAAGAGCCAGAGGGCCUCUUCAGAGUAGACAACAAAAAAGGUCCUGCCAAGGUUCCGGGAUCCGGCCCACAGGAGAGCAGCCCAAACAGCCAGGAGCUAUUCCGCCAGCGCUUCCGACAGUUCUGCUACAAGGAGACUCCUGGACCCCGUGAGGCCUUGAGCCAGCUCUGGGUGUUCUGCUGUGAGUGGUUAAGACCUGAGAUACACAGCAAGGAGCAGAUGUUGGACUUGCUGGUGCUGGAGCAGUUCCUGACCAUCCUGCCCGAGGAGCUGCAGGCCUGGGUGCGGGAGCGGCACCCGGAGAGCGGGGAGGAGGCGGUGGCUGCGCUGGAAGAUCUGGAGAAGGAAUUGGAUGAACCAGACCAGCAGGUUUCAACCCAGACCUGUGCACAGGAAGUGCUUUCUGAGACAUCGGAGCCUCUGGAUCCAGCUAAGGAAGCAACAUCUCUCCAGCCUCAACCCAUGGAGAUCCAGCUUACGGGUGAAUCUCAGGACCCUCAGCACCAACAGGAUUGUGAUGAUGUGAUCGGAAUUGGGAAAGGGGAACUGAUUCAAAAGCAGGAGUUAACUAUAGAUACGGAGUCUCCAAAAAAGUCAUCUGGCCAAAUGAAUGGAAAGGUCCCUGAAUGUGGAGAGACCCAAGAACAGGAAGGAUGGACAAAAAGAUAUCAGAGAAACACUUCAACUGAGAAAAGAUACAAGUGUGAUGAAUGUGGGAGAAGAUUCACUCAAAACUCAAGCCUCAUUAGACAUAAAAGAAUCCACACUGGAGAAAGACCCUAUUCAUGUAAUGUGUGCGGCAAAACUUUCAUCCAGAGCUCACAACUUACUGACCAUCAGAGAAUACAUAACCGGUUAAAACCCUAUCAGUGUGAUGAGUGUGGAAAAGCCUUUUAUUACAGUUCACACCUUGUUCAGCAUCAGAGGAUCCACACUGGAGAAAAACCUUUCCAAUGCAAUGAGUGUGGGAAAGCUUUUCACUACAGCUCAGGCCUUGUUCGACACCAGAGGACCCACACAGGAGAGAAGCCAUACCAGUGCAGAGACUGUGGGAAGGCUUUCUGUCUGAGCUCACAUCUGAUUCAGCAUCAGAGAGUCCACACUGGGGAGAAGCCGUACCACUGCAGCGAGUGUGGGAAAAGCUUCAGCCAGAGCUCAGGCCUCUUCCAUCACCAGAGAAUCCACAGUGGGGAGAAACCCUAUGAGUGUGAUGAGUGUGGGAAGGCCUUCAGCCACAGCUCAGCCCUGGUGGGACACCAGCGCAUCCACAGUGGAGAGAGGCCUUAUGAGUGUGACGUAUGCGGGAAAGCUUUCAGUUACAGCUCACAUCUUCUGGGACACCGAAGAAUCCACACUGGAGAGAAGCCCUAUGAGUGUGACGUAUGUGGGAAAGCUUUCCGGCGGAGCUCACACCUCAUUGUACAUCAGCGGAUCCACACUGGAGAGAAGCCCUGGUGAUUGUCGGCGCUCAUUCCUGCAGAACGCCAGAAAAGCACAGCUAGCAGGGGACGCCCCCAUGACAGCGACAUGGGGAAUUCUGUGAUCACCACUGCAGUUUGCGCAGUCAUUUGAGAAUACUUCCGGAGCUGAGACAGGUGAUCCCGACAGCUUACCAAACAAGCACGUCCUUCCACAUUCUCAGACUUCGUCUCUGAAGCCAGGGCUUAGGAAACCUCAGUGAUCCGUGAGAUAUGUACUUGGGGGUUGUAGAGACAGCUGCUGUCCCCUCCCUCCUUCUCCCCACUGUUUUCUUUGGAGUUAGGAUAAUGGUCUUGUCUGAAGUGUGAAUUUAGAGUUAACACCUCAUCUACAUAAAAAAAAAAAAAUCCUGCAUUUUAGGUUAACUUGAUAAGAGACAUCAGCCUAUCAAUUAUCUACAUGAAAACUUUGUGAGUACAAAAACCACUCUGUAAUCUGGGAUGAAUGAUUUGUGCAGAUAGGAAAGGUCAGCAGGAGGAUGGAUCAUGCACAUUCCAGUGACCCUUCACAUCUUCCACCAGAGAUGGCAAAUGGGCCAGUGGGCUGUAUUUGGCCUGCACAUGUAUUUUUCCCAAAUGCUAUUUUCUUCAAUAAUAUAUAAAAUUUUUCAAAUUUU